AAAAUAAAAAAAAGGUAACCAUGGCUUCCAGCGGUAGCCUUAUUGAUGGCUGACAGAUUCCUCUGCCAGACAUCACUCAUAAUUUAGAAAAAAAAAAAAAAAAAAAAGACUUCUGCGUGUUUAAUCAGUGGAAGCCAUUUCCGCCGAUCACCACUAUAACAUUUUUUUACACCAUUUUAAUAAAAUCCCCCGACAACGCCCAUCUGCUACUACUUUUCUUCUCUCACUUGUUUUCCUGCAAACGCUUGUUUUUCUGUCCACACGGCUUCGCUUCUUCUGGAUAUGGCGGGGAAGCUAAUGCGCGCCGUUCAAUAUAAUAAGUAUGGUGGAGGAGCCGCUGGUUUGAAGCAUGUCGAAGUUCCAGUCCCAACUCCACGGAAGGAUGAAAUUUUGCUGAAAUUAGAAGCAACAAGUAUAAAUCCAAUUGAUUGGAAAGUUCAAAAGGGUUUGUUGCGGCCUUUUUUGCCUCGUAAAAUACCUCAUAUUCCAGGUACUGAUGUGGCAGGAGAAGUUUUGGAGGUUGGACCUGGAGUAAGAAACUUCAAAAUUGGUGAUAAAGUUGUGGCUAAAAUUAGCGUUGCUGUUGGAGGUGGACUAGCCGAGUUUGCAGUGGCUAAGGAGAGCUUGACAGUUGCAAGGCCACCUGAAGUUUCAGCAGUAGAAGGGGCGGCCUUACCAGUUGCUGGGCUUACAGCCUAUCAGGCUCUCACUCAGCCUGCUGGGAUCAAGCUUGAUGGCAGCGACAUGCAGGCAAACAUUCUGAUAACUGCUGCCUCAGGUGGAGUGGGUCACUUGGCAGUUCAGCUAGCAAAGCUUGGAAACACACAUGUGACAGCCACUUGUGGAGCCCGUAACAUUGAGUUUGUAAAGAGUUUAGGGGCUGAUGAGGUUCUUGAUUACAGGACUCCUGAAGGGGCAGCUCUAAAGAGCCCAUCUGGACGGAAGUAUGAUGCAGUGAUCCAUUGCGCUACUGGGAUUCUGUGGAGUACCUUUCACCCUAAUUUGAGUGAAAAUGGCAAGGUUAUAGACAUCACUCCUGGCGCUAAUACCAUGCUGAAGUUUGCUGUAAAGAAAGUUACCUGCUCGAAGAAGCAGCUGAUACCCCUGCUCUUGUCUCCCAAGACUGAGAACCUGGAGUAUCUUGUUAAACUGGUAAAGGAAGGGAAGCUUAAGCCAGUUAUAGACUCGCAGCAUCCCUUGAGCAACGCUGAAGAUGCUUGGGCUAAGAGUAUUAGUGGCCGUGCUACUGGGAAGAUCAUUGUGGAGCCUUAGAGGACAGUUUUGAUAGGAUGGAGCUAAGUGAAGGUGAAAACUCCAUCGCAUCAUUCUGUUGGAAUCAAAGCGUUAUCGGAGAGGCAAACGAGAAAAUGUUCUGGUGACUUAAACCUCGGGUGGUGCAGGUAUGCUGCAUAGAAUUUGUAAAGAGUUUAGGGGCUGAUUAGGUUCUUGAUUACAGAAUUCAAGAAGGGGCAACUCUGAAGAGCUUAUCCAGAAGGAAGCAUGACGAAGUGAUCCAUUGCGGUGUUGGGAUUCCUUGGACUCCCAAGCCAAUGUGUAUUAGGGUUUUAAGAUGCGGUAAAAUGUACCUUACCUACGCACUAUUUUAUAAAUUAAAAUUUUGAUGUUUUAACAAAUAAGGGACCUUGCCACAUUUUAUAAGACACGUAAGGUUUAUAUUUUCUAAAAAUUCAAAUAAUUUAAACGUUUUUAUCUUA